GCGUGGUUAGCUCUUAGUAUGGAGCAGUCAAUCACAAACGCAUCAAGCGUGAACAGACGUAUGGAAACGCCAUUCUGGCAUUCUGUUUCGUUCAGCCAGGUUAGCUUUGUGACAAGUCUUAAUAUGGAUGCUGCAUCACGUGAUGACCGCUCAGCCCAAUUCCAGUUACAGGAAUGCUUGAAGGUUAUUGCUCAUCGACAAUCAAAACAACUCGGACAUACAAACAGUGUCGAACAUUACCACAAGACGAGCGAUGAAUACGACAAGUUGUCGAUUUGUGUUGACUACCGAGCUCCGGUGGAAUUGGCGCGAACCAUGGCGGAUCUGUUUCCAGACGGGAGAGACAAGGUCAAGGUCCUUGAUGCUGCAGCUGGAACAGGAUUUGUUGGGAUGGAACUGUUUAAAAUUGGAUUUAAAAAUGUAGAUGCUGUUGACGCAGCUAAGGGCAUGUUAGCUGUAGCGGAAUCGAAACACAUCUACCAGCGCCUGAUCUGCCAAUAUCUGGGAAAAAAUAAAUUAGGAAUUGACAGUCGAAUCUAUGACGCAGUAACGAUGUGUGGAGGGGUAGGACAUAACUGUGUUCCAGCUGCUGGCUUCAAGGAACUCCUGACUGUUAUAAAACCAGGUGGAGUGUUUGUGAACGUCACGCGGGCAGAAAACGCUAGUGAGAUCGACGAGUACCGAGAUACCACGCUGCCUCUCUUCAAGAAACUGGCAGAAGAGGGAAAAUUGAGACUCGAAACGGAGAAGAGAUUUCCUGUCUAUUUGCAUGGAAAAGAAGGAGUUAUUUCAGUAUACAGAGUUUUGUAAUGGAAAACGAAGAUUCGAAACACACAAAAAAACUAAACAUUUUCUCUCAUCUUCGUGGAAAUGAUUUUUUUCUUCAGUAUACAGAUUUGUAAAUGAAAAUAUUAUAAAAAAAUAAAACUUCUUUGAUAUAGAAAUAUUUA